GGCGGCGCCAUGGACGAGGCCGUGGGCGACCUGAAGCAGGCGCUGCCCUGCGUGGCCGAGGCGCCGACCGUCCACGUGGAGGUGCACCAGCGGAGCGGCAGCACUGCCAAAAAAGAAGAUAUAAAGCUGAGCGUUAGAAAGCUGCUCAACAGACAUAACAUUGUGUUUGGUGACUACACGUGGACCGAGUUUGAUGAUCCUUUUCUGAGCAGAAACGUGCAGUCUGUGUCUAUUGUUGACACAGAGUUGAAGGUUAAAGACCCACAGCCCAUCGACUUGGGUGCCUGCACGAUUUCACUUCACGUCUUCCAGCUGAAUGAGGGCGGCCCCAGCAGUGAGACUCUGGAGGAGGAGACCGAGAACAUAACUGCCGCGAGUCACUGGGUCCUGCCCGCAGCUGAAUUCCAUGGGCUUUGGGACAGCCUGGUAUAUGAUGUGGAAGUCAAAUCUCAUCUCCUCGAUUACGUGAUGACAACCUUGCUGUUUUCAGACAAGAACGUCGACAGCAAUCUCAUCGCCUGGAACCGGGUGGUGCUGCUUCACGGUCCUCCGGGAACUGGAAAAACAUCCCUGUGUAAGGCACUAGCCCAGAAAUUGACCAUCAGACUUUCAAGCAGGUACCGGUACGGCCAAUUAAUUGAAAUAAACAGCCACAGCCUCUUCUCUAAGUGGUUUUCGGAAAGUGGCAAGCUGGUAACGAAGAUGUUCCAGAAGAUUCGGGACUUGAUUGAUGACAGAGAUGCGCUGGUGUUCGUGCUGAUUGAUGAGGUGGAGAGCCUCACGGCCGCCCGCAACGCUUGCAGAGCAGGUACCGAGCCGUCAGAUGCCAUCCGUGUGGUCAACGCUGUCUUAACCCAGAUCGAUCAGAUUAAGAGGCACUGCAACGUGGUGAUUCUGACCACUUCCAACAUCACGGAGAGGAUCGACGUGGCCUUCGUGGACAGGGCUGACAUCAGGCAGUACAUCGGACCGCCCUCUGCAGCAGCCAUCUUCAAAAUCUACCUCUCCUGUCUGGAAGAACUGAUGAAGUGUCAGAUCAUAUACCCUCGCCAGCAGCUGCUGACCCUCCGGGAGCUGGAGAUGAUUGGCUUCAUUGAAAACAACGUGUCAAGGUUGAGUCUCCUUUUGAGUGAAAUUUCAAGGAAGAGCGAGGGUCUCAGCGGCCGCGUCCUGAGAAAGCUCCCUUUUCUGGCUCAUGCGCUGUAUGUCCAGGCCCCCACUGUCACCAUCGAGGGCUUCCUUCGAGCCCUGUCUCUGGCAGUGGACAAGCAGUUCGAAGAGAAGAAGCAGCUCUCGUCUUGCGUCUGAUCCGGACCCCGCCGUGAUCGUGGGCACAGUCGGCAGGUGACGUCGCUGCCCAGAAGUCUCCGAACGCUCUGCCCGGGCCGGAAGCCCACAAGGCUGAGUGGUGUUCAAAGAAGUGUGUCGUAUGUGACGUGUUUUUAAGACGAAUCGGCCUGUCAUUUUCACUGUUUCAAAAGAUGAUUCAAGUUCUGCCGUCUAGGUGUCCUCACUCCAUCCUCCCUCUAGACAGUCAGAUGCAAAAUGCUGACAAAAUUGGUUUAAAAUAGGCCAUGAACACAGGCUUUAAGAAGCAAAAGAAAAAACUACGUUGUCUUAAAUAAGAAUGUAAUCCCAGCGUUAAAAACAUCUGGGUCACUGAAAUAUGACGUGGCCUUUGCUCUCUGACCUGAGCCUCAUUUAUUUGGUGCAAUCGGUUCAGAGACUAAUGAGUAAAAAAAAAAAACCUAUUCCUAUGUUCUAGAAAUGGAGAAAACAAUUCUGGAAGAGUGGGCUUCGCACAAAGGUGCUAUUUGUGAGAAAGGUGCAGUUUGGGGAUCGGGUGAGUGUGUGCCACGCAGCUCGGCCCCAGGACAGGCGGCGUCGCACGGUUUCCUGCCCGUCGUUUUGCAGCAGCGUUGCGGCUGCGCGCGGUGGCACGUCACCCGCGUACGGCAAGCUGGCUGGAACUUGGCGCACCUCACAGGAUGUGCUUUGCGCUUACCCGACGCUCAAAUCAAUUUCACGCUCAUGUUUAGUACACGUUUUGAAGACCACGUUGGCUUUUGUUACAGAGCUUUUUAAGUAUUAAAGCGUAU